AUGGAUGGACCACAGUGCAAUACCAAGUUGAUGGUUUUUGUGGGUUUUUGGAUUGUGUUGAUGGUGAUUACUGUUUGUUGCUAUGCAGAAAACGAAAGCGAUGGAACCUAUGCUGAAAUUGGACUUUCGAUUGGAAAUACGAAUUGGAGAGCUGCUGUUAUGGUAAAUGGCAGUUUGGAAUGGAUUGUGGAUAGGAAUGGAAAUGUAGAUCAUCCCUCUUUUGAAAAUAUAAACAAGAUUAUUGUGAGCAAUUAUAAAAUAAUUAAAAGCAGAGAUGGUUAUUUAUUGGAAUCGAAUAACAACAUUUUUGAAAGAAAUGGAACAGUUUAUUGUAAAGUUAAAUUAGAUGAUGGAAUUGAAAAGGAAAUGACACCAGAGGAAAUUUAUUCGGAUAUUCUACAUGAUGUGAAAGAACUUGCUUUCCAAUAUUUGAAACGAAACAUUACACAUAUUUUCCUUUCAGUACCAGCAUAUUUUAAACAAACUCAAGAAGAUUAUAUCAUACGAAACGCAGCUUCAAAACACAAUUUAACAAUUGUAAGAUCUGUUCGAGAUCCAAUCAUGGCUGUACUAGCUCAAGACCAUUUCCAAAAGAUCAAUAACAAUUAUACGAACGAUUCAAACGAUGAAAGAACUUUUUUAGUUGUGGAUUUGGGAAUUAGAUCAUUGGCUUUAAAUAUUGUAAAUGAUGAUUUUGGAUUUUAUGAAAUACUUGCUUCAGAAUCCUAUGGUCAAUUGGGAACUGAAAGAUUUCAUAUGAAACUGAGAGAAUUAUUCGUAAAAGAGUUCAAGAAACAACAUUUAUUGAAUGAACAAUCAAAUAUUUUGGAAAAUCAACAAUUAAUGAAUUAUUAUUAA